UAUACGUUACAAAUUAUAUCCCAGUCCAGAAUUUCUCAAAUCUUCCUCCUCCUUCUUCUUCGUCACUAUCAUUCUGUUCCUGCUCAAUUCGUGGCCAUGCCUUCUAACAACAAGUCCUUGCCAUCAGUGGCAUCAAAUUCAAACCCUAGCCCAGCCCUAGAAGAAGUUCAGAAAUCAGCAACCCUAUGAGGAAGAGUUUUUACCGGAAACCCAUUCUCUAUGCCCUCCCUAGUCGCAAACCCUACUAGUUCUAGAUCCGUUUUCCCCAACACUCCCGCCAACAGUCCUUCAGAUUUUCAGGUAAGGAACAGUGUUGCGGGCAGAGAAAGUGGGGGGUCUUUGCGGUACGUUGAUGACAAAGAAAAUGGGAAAGAUCAGACAUUGAAGCCCGGGAAGGUUCGAUCACCAGCUGCUUGCUUGAAGGGCUCAAAGAAUUUCAUAUCUCCGACCAUCUCUGCUUCCUGCAAGAUUAUUGAAUCUCCGAGGAAAAAAGUGCUGAUUGAGAGGAAUGGGCCAGUUCCAGAUUCUGUUCCAUCUGCAGAGGCCAAAAACAACGUUCGCAAGGUAACUUUUGCAGAACCCUUGGAAUGUGGUGGCUUGCAAUCAGACCACCUUGAUCUAGAAGAGAGAAAACCUGAUUCUAUAUUUGAUGGGGUUCCAGAUUUUGAGGAAUCACUUAGUAGCCGCUCUAGUUUGACAUCUGAGGAAGAUUUGAGUGAUGAAAGUGAAACUGUCCAUGAUAUCAGUGUUCCUUUGGUUCCAAAUAAUGACACUGAUUUGUCAUUUGAGGCUGAACAUGAUCUGAAUGUUCCUUUGGUUCUAGAGGAUGAUAAAAUUGAGACAGAACCUUCAUUUGAAACUAUCAAGCUUAGUCCUACCCCACCUCCAGCUUCGUCUACAGCAACCAUCUUAGCUCCUCUUGAUGCCACCUUACGAUCCUAAAACAAACUAUCUCUUCCCUAGACCGCAGUCUCUUCAUUACAAACCUAGACCAAGGACGGAACUUUGCAGUGAGAGUAUCAUCAUAUCUGGUAGCUUCUCUGAGGAUUCUCAGUCCGAAGAAGCUUCACAGAAAGAAGCAGAGGAGGUCUCUUCGGAUGAGGCAGUUAUGGAGGAAGGAAAGCCAAAGUUCUGAUGAACCAAGUCCUGCAGAGGGAACCAUUGAAGCCAACCCUAAGCGCCGCUUCUCUAUGAAAUAAUUGGCUUUGGUCUGAUUAUUCUCCUCUCAUUUGCUGUUCUCUCCAUCUCAGUCAUCAAUUCUCCGGUGGUUCAUCAUACAUGUAUGAGGCUUAUGAAGCGUCUCAACUUUCAGAUUUUGCAAGGGCCAACUUUGAUCAAUUCACCCAGUUUGCAAAAAGCAAAAUUCGAUUGUUUUAGCUCAGAGUGGAAUCCAAAGUUAGAGGACUACAAAUUCAUAGUUUGGCCCAGUUGCAAUCCUACAACUUGACCAUUGUGCCGGAUGUUGUGGUUAAUCAGUACCAAGUUGUUAGGGUUUAGGCUCAAAAGUUGAAAAAAUUCAUGCUGCAAUCACCAGGAAUGAAAGGAGAUCUGAAACAACUGACAUAACUCCACGUAUCAAUGCUAUAUUUGCUGCUCUGUGGAGGUGCACCUAUUUACUCUUUGUAUCUUUCAACUUUUCAAGGAAAGGUAAAAUCGGAAGCAAAAGGACCAGAUCUGUGGAGCAACCUUUGAUUGGUAAGGAGUUGCAUGCCAACAACUUCAUUGCAAACUCUGAACAAAAAGCAAAUUUCUCCAGAGAAGUCAUCUCUCAGGAAUGGACCCACAGAAAUGGACGUGCUUGAACUUGAAGAGCAUAUUGCCCUUCAGAAAUGAGCAGCUUUCAGCAGGGUUUCAUCCCAAACCAGUCGGAUGAGAAGAUCAUAGCGCAAGAAGCACUGUAGGAGAGAAUCUUGGGCCUCUUCGGACUAUUCCAUGGGUUCGACAUCAUCCUAUGUACGAGAAAAUUCCAAGCAAGCAGG